AUGUCACAACGUUCAAUUCGUUCAAGCACUCGCUCAAGAGGUCGUGCUGAAAGUCGAGCUGAAGAUGGGUCAGCGCCACGCAGUGGAGAUAUGUUCACGCCGGCAGACGCUGAUGAUGGAGAUGCAGUGAGCGGACGAGAUCAACCGAAUGAGGAGUUUGAUGAAUUGGCUGAAUUGUUUGGCGAUGAAGACCAGGUGCAGGAAGAUGAGGAAGAAGGCGAAAAUUUGUUUGGUGAUAAUAUGGAGAGGGAUUAUCGUCCUCAACCCGAGUUGGACGUGUAUUCGGAAUCCGGUCUCGACGAUGCUUCUGAACUCACCGAGUUGUCAUUGUCGGCACGUCGAGCGGCCGAACGUGAGAUGGACCAACGCGACAAUUUGAUGGAUGAAGAUGCACUUUUCUAUGAACAGGACGAUGAAGCUGCGGGUCGUCGACGAAGACGUCCACGCCGAGGUCGUGCCGGUGAGGAAGAACCGACACUUGAAGGUUUAGAGGAGGAAGAGGAAAUUCCAGUUGACAUUCUCGAGAACAUGCGUGGAAGAACCAUCCGAGAGCAUGUUUCUGAGGAGGCAGUCGGUAAAGAAAUCGAAAGACGCUUCAAAAGUUUCCUCCGUGCCUAUAAAGAUCCAGCAAGCAGAAAAGUGAAAUACAUCGAAGCGAUCAAGCAAAUGGUCGCGGAUAAUCGUGAAUCUUUGGAAGUCGACUAUGAUGAUUUGGCGCAUGAAACUGGCGAACAAAACAUUUGUUACUUCUUGCCAGAAGCACCGAAUGAGGUUUGUAUUCUGGUGAUAUUAGUGAAAAUUCAAAUGGCCUAA